ACUUUUUACCUCUAAAUAAUAUACUAAUAAAUAUACCUAAAACCUCAUUCUCUUUCAUUUCUCCCCAUACUAUCACAUGGCUCCGAAUGAAGAAACUCCUAUCAACAAAGCCACCCAAUCCCAACUCAUCACCACCUUCCGGUGUCCGAAUCGUCGGAGAAUCUUUCUACGUAGGCGUAAACUACCCACGUUACGCCUCGGUGGGAAAAAGUCCGGCAGAGGUGUCUCUCUAUUGCGAAUGUUACGAAAGGUGAGAUUAAGAUGGCUGAAAUUGCAAUAUUGGUGCAUGCUAAAAAAGCUUAAGGAGUAUUAUAGUAAUUUGAUUAAAGAUGUAAUUGAAGGUGGUGCUAUUUUAGACUCUUAUCAACAGAGACUUGGUGUUCCUGUCAUGGCUUUCAAUUUCUAUCCUUCUGUGCCCGGACCGAACCGCCCUCGGUCCGUUUUUAUGUAGAAAUUUUCUCAUUUUCUUUUUGUUGAUCUUCCUUUUUAUAUAUGAAUAUAUAUAAGGUUAUUAUUUCUUCA